AUGCAUGUCCCAAAUCAAGAAGGAUACAGUCCCCUGUCAUGGGCUUUCCAGGCUGGCGACGAGGCUAUGAUUCGGCUUCUUUUAGAAAAUGGCGCAAACCCCAACGAACCCAUCAAUGAUAUCAAACCAUAUAUAGAUUUGCCCAUAGCUGAUGAAACAUUUGGUUCUCCCCAGGUACCCUUGUUUCUAGCUGCCAGGGGAGGGCAUGAGAAUAUUGUUAAGUUUCUUUUGAAAAAUGGGGCUGAUAUAAACCAUUUCAAAUAUGUGCCCGACACAAGUACCGAUAUUGACAAUCUAGUCUGUCCAUUAUCAUUAGCCGCAACAAAAGGAUACCACGGUAUUGUCGAGGUGUUCCUGGAUAGCGGAACAAAUAUUUUCUUAUGUCAUAUCGGCCUUCGCGAAGCCAUGAAGUCUGGCAGGCCUUCAAUUGUUUCGCUUAUCAUGCAUAAGGGGAUUCGAAGUAAUUGGCUCAUCGCGGACCAUGGAGAGUCAUUGUUAUUCCAUGCAGCAUCUACUGGAUAUAUUGAUGUGGUAAGGAUAUUACUGGAUAAAGGCGUCAACCCAAAUUCCAGUGUUAUGCAAAAGCCUACUCCAUUGUGUUGCGCUGCAAAACGCGGGCAUUUGGCAGUUGCUCUACUCCUGCUGUCAAGGAAUGCCGACCCAAAUAUUGCCUCACCUUUAUUUUGCGCAAUUGUAAAUGACCAAGUGGCGAUGGCUAAACUUUACUGCAACACGGCGCCGUGCUGGAUGUUCUCAACGAAGGUCCUGGUCUUCUUUUGCAGAUGGCCACAAUAG